AUGUCUUCGUACUACGAGCCCCAAGGAUGGCAGGCACCUGUGCGCCAGGUGUCGUGGGAACAGCCUGUUCCUCCCUCCCGGUCAGGCGCGAGCUCUGUUUCCCAACGCGAGGAGUCGACUGCUUUCUCCUCUCAGUUUGAUGAGGUCGAUCGGGCGAUUGACAAUCUGGUCAAGAGUGGGAAGCUAUUCUCCGCUCCCCGGAGAGAUUCUAUGCCACUCAUGAUGGGACGUCACUUCACCGACUACGAUCCCCGAGUGAUGGGCAAUGUACCUCAACGCCACCACUCGCUGAGUGAUUUUGAUGCGCGUGUGCACCCAGCCUCCAACGUCCAAGGCUUCUACGCCGCUCAGCGGUUUCAAGGUCGUCCAAAUGAGGCAGAACAGAUGAUGCAGGCGAAGCGCCGAAUGGCGGCACAGCGUGAGAGGGAGCUCCGCAACUACCACCAGGAGCAGCAGUACAAUCGAAGCCUGCUUGCCGAGAUGUCUGGAAACAAAUCCGACCGUUCCCUGAGUCCCGCUGCGAUGAGCGAAGAAAGCCGCCGCGAUCUCAUUGCACGCCAGCACCGUGCUCUGUAUGGCUCCGACAGUCCCGCCUUCUUCCCACCCGGCGGUCUCAGCGAUGAUGCGUCUCGUCCCGACAAUCAGACCAGCAGUACCCCGACUUCCGCCGCAGGUGCCCGUGGGCCGUCUCCCCGUGGAGUCGAUGCAUUCGGCCUCCAGGGUGGUGGCAUCGACAGCGCUGCGCAGGGAGCUGCUGGCGCUAUCGCAGCUCGUCAGUCACCUUCUCGUGCCAACAGUACUUCCUCUCCGAGCUCUGGCGUCAAUCCUGCCUACGGCAUGUAUGACGGCGCGAUUGACCAACCGGUUACCUCGACCUCGUCCCCUGGUGGUGCUAGCUCGCCAUCCUCGAGGCAGAUGUCCAAGUCCGCCGCGGCUCCCAUUGGCUCCGUGGGUCCUAUCGGAUCCCGCCCACAGCAGACGGUUGCUGGCCAGGCCGCGAAUCCGGCGCUGAACAAGCGGUCCACAACCCCUCUGCCCUCUCCUCUUGGUUACGGCUUUGCCCCCAACGAGGCUGCGACUACUACUGCUGCCGGUAACGAACGCUCCAUGUCUUCGGCUUCGAACCCCAGCACCAGCGUUGCCCCUAGCGCCGGCUCGAAGGACGCUUCCUCUGGCGGCGUCAGUCUCGGAUGGGGUAACAGCAGCGGCGUUUGGGGCUCGAAGAACUCUCUGGGUGUUCAGGCUUCUGUUUGGGGUUAA